CGUACUUAUAUUCAGAAUCAAAAGAGAUUCAUUCCUCGGCGUGACUUCCACAACGUUACACGGUGAUUAGUGCGGAGGAGUAACUGGAACAAUUUUUUUUUUGUUUUCAGUAACUUUUGCAUCCUAUCAUGAAUUCCUUCGAAGAGAGAUUUGCACAUUGGUUCCAUUUUGAAGGAGCUGAAUCAGAUGAAGACCGACUGAAAAAGUGCAUCGAUCAACUAUUCCGAAGGCCUCUAAUAAUUGAUGAUACAAGAUCCACAGAUAACGCUGAAACGUAUGGCGUUUUGGCAAGUACAGCCAAAUCGCGCGGGGAUUAUGAUGAGGCUGUCAACUUUUAUACGAAAGCAUUGCAAGAGGUCUUCCCGUACUGCGAAUUGUCUGCAAUAUUAUACUCAAAUCGUGCUAAGGCCUUGGGAUGCCUUCAAAUGUACGAAGAGAGUUUAAUAGAUAUCGAUAGGGCGAUCGAAAUUUCUCCCAAUACCGCAUUAACUAAACAUUUCAAAGAUACAAAAAUGGAUUUGGAAAAAAAAGCUUCUCGUCCGCAUACGAAACAAAAUAACAGAAAUCACUUCGAGGAUAUACCAUCGCUAUCGCACAACGAAAAUAAAGAUAUUCCUGGUAUGAGCGAUGCUGUUCGCUUGGUUCAUAGUACAAAAUAUGGUGUAAAUUUUGAAGCGACGAAACCCAUCGGCACUGGAGACGUCAUUCUAAUCGAGAAACCACAAGUAACGUCUAUCAUUCAAACAGACGUUGAUGUUGCACGUAUGUGUUACUAUUGCCUAAGAGAUUACAGAGCAUUACUUCCAUGUGAACGGUGCAAUAGCGCGCUAUAUUGUUCGAAAGAAUGCCGUGCAAAAGCAUACGAAGAAUACCAUCGAUUUCAAUGCAACUCUAAAAACUUCCCAGAUGAUGUUCAAUUUGUAAUAAUCUUGCUUAUGAAGAUUACAGAAAACGGCGAAAAACUUGCAGAAGCCAUUAAAUAUUGCGAGAAGCUCGAUACUAUGAGCUCAGGUAAUGAUAAUUUAUUAAUUCGUAAUUCUCUAUUCCGUCAUCAUCGAUAUAAACAUAAAUGUGAAUUAAAGUUACUAGCUUGUGCAGAGAAAGAACAUACUCUUCGACGUUAAUUCUUUUUUCUUUCU